UAGUCAGAUAACUACUUUAUUGUUGUGCAAAUGCAAGCAUGUCCAUUAAAUUCCAAAGAUUUGUUAAAAUUACGAUGUCGAUUUCGUACUGGACAGUAUACUUUGAAUGAUUUAACUUCUGAUUCAACCAUCAAUGAACUACUGAAAACCAUUGCUUCACUUGUAGGUGUUACACAAUCUCGUAUAUCACUUUAUUAUGGUUAUCCUCCCCAAAAGUUGGAUUGUAGCAUUUCAAGUCUUAGUAAACAUCUUUGGGAGAUCCCUCUUCGUUCGGGUGACAUGCUUACUGUUGAUGUAACGGAAGAAAAACCAACAAAUGUCAACUCACAAACUGUAAAGCAUCAACCUCAUGAGCAUGAAAUAAUCACUAAUAAACAAUCUCAAUCACAUAUUGUCCGAUUGUCUGCACCAUCGGAUAAUUCUUGUCUAUUUACAAGUGUUCUUUUCUGUAUGAAUAAUGAAGACAAUCAUUUAAAAAUUGGUACAGAAGUUGUAACAAAUAUUGCUGAAGUCAGUAAUUUAAGAGAAUUAAUUUCCGGUAUUGUGUUAAGCGAUCCAGUCAAGUAUUCUGAAGCAUUCCUUGGGAUGUCAAAUGAACAAUAUUCACUUCAAAUCAGACAAUCAGAUAAAUGGGGUGGAGGUAUUGAAGUAUCAAUUUUAUCACAAUUAUAUAAAAUUGAAAUAUGUAUUGUUGACAUUGAAUCAUGUCGAAUUGAUCGUUUUGGUGAAGAUCAAAAUUAUUCUAAAAGAAUUUUACUAAUCUAUGAUGGGAUACAUUAUGAUCCAUUAGCACAAGAAUGUCCAAAUCGUGAUUGUUUAGUAACUGUAUUUUCAUCAAAUAAUGAUUCAAUUCUAUUUGAAGCUCAACAAUUAGCAUCAAAAGCUCGUGCUGAAUGGGCAUUCACUGAUCUUUCAUCAUUUACAUUACUUUGUCGACAAUGUGAUGCACCAUUAAUUGGUCAAGAAGCUGCACAAAAACAUGCUCAAUUAACAGGUCAUACACAAUUUAGAGAAAUUUCACAUUAA